AUGGCAUUAAUACCAUUGUUGUUCUCAAACUGGUGGGAAGACUUGGAAGCUCCUUACCGUCUCCUGGACCCGGACUUUGGAUCAGCAUUGACAGCUGACCAAUUACUGACACCAUCUAUCCUGGAAAUUUAUUUGGCACCACGUGCAUUUGAACGUCGUCGCAGUCCACUGGCAUACUACCAACCCUGGGCAGAACUUCUUCGUCGUGGCGACACUGGAUCUUCAACCGUAAAAGCCGACAAGGACAGGUUCAAAGUCAUCCUAGAUGUCCAGCAGUUUAAGCCUGAGGAAAAAAACGUCAAGGUCGUUGACAAGUGCGUCGUCGUCGAGGCUAAACACGAGGAGAAACAGGACGAGCAUGGAUGGAUCUCCAGACAAUUUAUACGCAAGUACAUAAUUCCAGAGCAGUGCGACAUUGACCAAGUUAACUCCAGCUUGUCAUCUGAUGGAGUCUUGACCAUCAGAGCUCCAAGAAAAGACGUUCCUAAAUUGGAGAAUGAACGUCAGAUCAAAAUAGAGCACACUGGUAAACUAGCUAUCCGUGAGUCCUGUGAGAAGGAAUCCUGCGCAAAGACGCCUGCGCCAAGGUCUAGAAUGCAAAAGCCCACAUAG